UCCAGACCCGGAUAAAAACACACAGGACGCACAGAGACCAGGAGCUUCACUUCAGGGGACUCGCCGGCGCUCCGCUCGGAAAAGGCCGUCGAUGGCCGCUCUCACGAUCGGCAUAGCCGCCGGCACCACCACCUACAUGGCCGGCUCAAGAAGCUUUCCACGACUCCGUCACCGGCCGACAAGAAUCUCCUGCAUCGGAUGGGAUCCGGAAGGCCUCCUCGGGCCGCCCCAGGCCGGCCACAUCGCCCGCCGCGAGUUCCGCCGGCGGCUCGAGAAGGACGCCGAGGCUCGCGAGGCCUUCGAGCAACACGUCCGCGAGGAAAAGGAGCGCCGCCGAGCUGUCCGAGAUUCUCGGGACGCGCCGGACGCGCCGGCGGAGCUGAUCGAGUACUUUCUGGACACCGAGGCUCAGGAAAUCGAGUUCGAGAUCGCCAGGAUGAGGCCACGGUUAAAUGAAGAAUUCUUUGCCCACCUAAAGUUUGAAUUGGGCCAACUUCGAUUUUCUGUUUCAAAAACCGAGGAUAUGGAAGACAGAUUGAUUGAGCUGGAAGCUUUGCAGAAGGCUUUGCUUGAGGGGACAGAAGCCUAUGACAAAAUGCAGGUUGACCUUGUAAAAGCGAAGAACAGCCUAACAAAAAUUUUGACAUCAAAAGAUGUUAAAGCGACUUUACUAGAGAUGGUUGAGCAGAGCGAACUUAACAGAUCAUUAUUGACGGUUCUUGAUGAAAAUAUAGCAAAUGCUCAGAAGGGUAACCAGGAAAAAAUCGCAGCUUACAUGGAAAAAAUACGUGCAGCUGUUCUCAAGUAUAUGACCGUCUAAUCCCUGGUCAUUCCAUGCUAUGAUCUCUUGAUGAUGUUGAGUUCAUUUCUCAGUUCACAGGUAUUCAGUCAUCAUCAAUUUUCUUUCUGAAGUUAUGUAGAUCACACAUAGUUCACUUUUGGAAUAGUCAUUUAUGUGGACGGUAGAAUGAUGAUAUUUUUGCUAAUGAGCCAGUUAGCUUUAGUUGGUAUUUGCCAAUAUUGUCCAAUGACAUGGCAUAUCCUCUCUCAUGCCCUCUGUGGUAAUAUGACACCUCCGGGUAAUAAUCCAUGGUGAAAUCCCUGUCCUGCUGGAGUUGAGGUCUGAAUGGGCAAUUUCCUAGCAAAAAGAGGUAGAAAGUGAAUGUGCAACUAAGUGCCUAAUAGAUACAUUAGGUGCAUAUUGGCACCUCAGUUUUCCCAUGCCUUCUCCUCCUUUCAACUGAAUUCACAAAAUUGGGAACACUGUGUCACCUUAGGGCAUUUGUGUUAUUGUAAAAUUUAGAAAAUCACGUUUGCUACUCUUGCUAGCUGUUAUAAAAAAUGUAUGCAACUUUAUGGCAA